UUUUUUUUCUCUCUUUUUUUUAUACUUUAAUAAUGACAGGACAACAGACGACCGAGGUUAGAAAAGGGCACGAAUUGGAUCAAGCUAAACUUGAAGCGUACUUGACAACCCAUGUGCCUGGUUUCAAAGGACCACUUUAUAUAAACCAAUUCAAGUUUGGUCAAUCAAAUCCUACCUAUCUACUUAAAGACGGAAAUCAACAACAGUAUGUGCUUCGAAAGAAGCCCCCUGGAACCUUACUUUCUGCUACCGCACAUGCCAUUGAACGGGAGUACCGCAUCAUUCACGCCCUUGGCACCAAAACGGAUGUUCCGGUUCCCAAGGUUUAUGUGCUCUGUGAAGACACGAGUAUCAUUGGCACCCCAUUUUAUGUCAUGGAGUUCUUAAAGGGUCGAAUUUACGAAGACUGUCGUAUGCUGACGAUUCCCUUUGAGGAACGCCGACAGCUUUGGCAUGCAGCGGUUGAAACGCUUGCCAAGUUGCAUCGAGUUGAUUUCAAGGCGAUCGGAUUAGGCAAUUUUGGCAAACAUUCUGAAUUCUAUGAACGCCAGAUGAGAUCGUUAUCCAAGGUGUCACAAGCUCAAGCAAACACCAAAGAUGAUGAGACAGGAGAAUAUGUAGGUCCAAUUCCUCGACUGGAUGAUAUGUUUGCUUGGUUCAAGAAGAACAAGGCGCAUGAUCAGGCAACCAUUGUGCAUGGAGACUUUAAGAUUGACAACAUGAUCUUUCACCCUACUGAACCCAAAGUGAUUGGUAUUCUCGACUGGGAACUGUCUACCAUUGGCCAUCCUUUGUCUGAUCUUUCUAAUCUUCUUCAACCCUAUUACGUACCUGAAGAAAGUGCCAUCGGCCUCCGGGGAUUCAAGAACGCCAAGGAGCCUCUGCCGGUUCCAGGAGUAGAUGAACUCAUUCAGGUCUACUGCUCCUACACUCACCAGUCGUACCCUCUUCAAGGUUGGAAUUUCGCUGUUGCCUUCUCCUUUUUUAGAUUGGCUGUCAUCCUUCAAGGGGUUGCCGCUCGUGUGGCGCGCAAACAGGCGUCAUCUGCAGAGGCAAAACUUCAUGCAACCCGAUUUAGGCCUGUUGCCCAAUUGGUGUUGGAUAUUGUAGAUCAGAGUGAUGAACGUAGUAAGCUUUAAUAAAAUAAAUAAAAAGUGCUUGCUAUUUUUGGAAAUGCUUUUUUGCGCGCCAAACUUUUUCAUUUUCCCAUAUUAUUCAUCAGAAAACAAAAAAGAUGUGUGUGGUAAAGUUUUUUUUU